GCGGCCUCGCGAGACUGAGGGAAAGUCGGCACGCGUGGCCGUCUUUCUGGUACUCGAGUGGAAGACCUCGGAUUUUGCGCUAGUCCUCGGCAGGGGGGGGCGCCGCCUCCGGUUCAGCGUAGCGUCUGGAGAACUCUGCACCUUAAUCUCAUUUUGGAGACCGUGAGACAGCCCUCGCACUCUGUUUGCCUGUGAACAGCUGUAGCAUCCUCAUGCGCUGAACCUUUCCCAUCUGAAUGACGAGGCAGGAUGGCAGGUGGACGGAGGGGACUUGUAGCCCCUCAGAAUACUUUUCUUGAGAAUAUUGUCCGGCGCUCUAACGUUUGGACAUUGUCUCAUAGACAGACAGACACUAAUUUUGUUCUGGGAAAUGCGCAGAUUGUGGACUGGCCCAUAGUGUACAGCAAUGAUGGCUUCUGCAAGCUAUCAGGCUUUCACCGGGCUGAGGUCAUGCAGAAGAGCAGCACCUGCAGUUUCAUGUAUGGAGAACUUACAGAUAAGGAAACGACUGAGAAGGUUCGACAAACAUUUGAAAAUUACGAGAUAAACUCCUUUGAAAUUCUCAUGUACAAGAAGAAUCGGAUGCCAGUGUGGUUUUUUGUGAAAAUCGCUCCCAUUCGCAAUGAGCAGGAGAAGGUGGUGUUGUUCCUCUGCACGUUCAGUGACAUCACUGCAUUUAAGCAGCCCAUCGAAGAUGAAUCAUCCAAAGGCUGGGGAAAACUGGCCCGUCUGACCCGAGCCCUAACGAGCAGCCGAGGGGUUCUGCAGCAGCUGGCCCCGGCCGUCCAGAGAGGAGAGAACGUCCACAAACACUCCCGCCUAGCUGAGGUGCUGCAGCUGGGCUCAGACAUCCUCCCCCAGUACAAGCAGGAGGCUCCAAAGACGCCCCCCCAUAUUAUCCUCCACUACUGCACCUUCAAGACCACCUGGGACUGGGUCAUCCUCAUCCUCACCUUCUACACGGCCAUCAUGGUGCCCUACAACGUGUCCUUCAAGACCAAGCAGAACAACGUCACCUGGCUGGUGGUGGACAGCAUCGUGGACGUCAUCUUCCUGGUGGACAUCGUGCUCAACUUCCACACCACCUUCGUGGGCCCUGCUGGGGAGGUCAUCUCUGACCCCAAACUCAUCCGCAUGAACUAUGUAAAGACCUGGUUUGUCAUCGACCUGCUGUCCUGCCUGCCCUAUGACGUCAUCAAUGCCUUCGAGAAUGUGGAUGAGGGUAUCAGUAGCCUGUUUAGCUCUCUGAAGGUAGUGCGGCUGCUGCGUUUGGGACGAGUUGCUCGAAAGCUGGACCAUUAUCUGGAGUAUGGGGCGGCAGUAUUGGUGCUCCUGGUGUGUGUGUUUGGGCUGGCUGCUCAUUGGCUGGCCUGCAUCUGGUACAGCAUUGGGGACUAUGAGGUAAUUGACGAGGACAACAACACAGUGCGCAUGGACAGCUGGCUGUACCUGCUGGGCGAAACCACAGGCUCGCCAUACCGCUUCAACCUCAGCGGCUCGGAGAAGUGGGAGGGGGGGCCCAGCAAGGACUCGGUUUACAUCACCUCCCUGUACUUCACCAUGACCAGCCUGACCAGCAUCGGCUUCGGCAACAUCGCCCCCACCAGCAACGGGGAGAAGAUCUUUGCUGUGGCCAUGAUGAUGAUUGGAUCUCUACUGUACGCCACCAUCUUUGGUAACGUCACCACCAUCUUCCAGCAGAUGUACGCCAACACUAACAGGUACCACGAGAUGCUGAACAGCGUGCGAGACUUCCUCAAGCUGUACCAGGUGCCCAACGGCCUGAGCGAGCGGGUGAUGGACUACAUCGUUUCCACCUGGUCCAUGACCCGUGGCAUUGAUACCGAAAAGGUGUUACAGAUCUGUCCUAAGGACAUGCGGGCAGACAUCUGUGUGCACCUGAACAGGAAGGUGUUUAAAGAGCACCCGGCGUUUCGGCUGGCCAGUGACGGCUGCCUCCGUGCCCUGGCCAUGGAGUUCCAGACAGUCCACAGUGCUCCUGGGGACCUAAUCUUCCAUGCAGGCGAAAGCGUGGACAGCUUGUGCUUUGUGGUGUCUGGGUCCCUAGAGGUGAUCCAGGAUGAUGAAGUGGUGGCCAUUUUGGGAAAGGGUGAUGUAUUUGGGGAUGUAUUCUGGAAGGAGGUGACCCUGGCACAGGCUUGUGCCAAUGUCCGUGCCCUGACCUACUGCGACCUCCACAUCAUCAAGCGUGAUGCGCUGCAGAAGGUUCUUGAGUUCUACAUAGCCUUCUCCAACCACUUUUCCCGCAACCUACUGCUCACCUACAAUCUGCGCAAGAGGAUCGUGUUCCGGAAGAUCAGUGAUGUGAAGCGUGAGGAAGAGGAGCGUUUGAUGAGGAAGAACGAGGCACCACUGAACCUACCUCCUGACCAUCCCGUGCGCCGGCUGUUCCAGCGCUUUCGGCAGCAGAAGGAGGCGCGGCUAGCGGCCGAACGAGCCAAUCAGGAUGAGUCCGAUCUGGAGAGAGGCAUUGCCUGCUUGGGGCAGACCACCAUCAACAAGGUCAUUGCCUCCACCAGCGUUGUUACAGUGACUGAGAGCCCAGCCACACCCAUCCUCUCUGCCACUUCUACAGCCAGAGGCUCCGCCCAUGUCAAGCUUGAGGGCCCCGCCCCCUCCAACCCUUCCAGGCCCAGCGAACCCUCCAGGGGUAAGGGUUGGGGCCGUUUCCGUGAGAACGCAGGGAAAGGAGAGGGCUGGAGCGAGGUUUCAAAGGCUGAGUCCAUGGAGAUGCUUCCGGAAAGAACUAAGACCAUCCAGGAGACAUCCCUGAAGAAGACCGACUCCUGCGACAGCGGAAUCACCAAGAGCGACCUGCGGCUGGAGAGGGCUGGGGGGGGCGGGGAGGCGCGGUCUCCCCAGGACCGCAGCCCGGGGCGACCCGAGGCCCAGUUCUGCCCCAUCCCGGAGCACUCCCUGCACGCCUCUGUGCUGGAGCUCCGGCAGGAGCUCAGGGAGGAGAUCAGUUCCCUCAGUACCCGCAUGGGGGCGCUAGAGAGCCAGAUCUCCCUGGUGCUCAGGAUACUGCAGGCUGGGAAACGCAACUCCUCAGCCCCACAGGCUCUGUCACAGCCCCCCUCCCCCGAAUCCGACAAAGAAGACAUCUUCUCCUAAUGCCGGUGAGGACAGUCUUAUGCACAAACCCCCAGGGGGCAUUGCUCCUGCUGUCCACCAGGGGGAAAUGAACCUGUGAAGCAGAAGCUGCACUGUGGCACUUCCUUGUGAAUCUGUAAGCCAGUGCACCUGACCUGAGACUGAACAUGUUAACCUUUUAGGCACCAGUAGAAUCCCUGCAGAUCGAGACCAAAUAAAACCAUAAAACAUCUCAUUUCAGAUCUAAUAUUCAGAGAAAAUGAUCUUAUUUUAUAUAAUUAUAUGUCAUGGUUUGUAAUGUUUCAAAGCUCCACAGGAGUCUUCACAUUUUACAAUUUUUUUAAGUGUCAAGUAUUUUAAAUACUUGCCUAUAUUUGACUCCUGCAUUAAACCUGGUAAUACACUGGAUCACAGCCCUGCUGGAUCUGUACAAUAGAUUGUAUAGUAUUUCCUAAGUUAUUUUGUAAAAUUUUAAAAGAAAAGAACAAAUUUAUAUUUUUUAUUAAUCAACAGAGUAUCUGUUGGAACAAUUUGUUCUAUCAACUGAUUUCAUUUUUCCUAAAGGAUAAAUUCCUUGUUUACUUUUUAUCUUUUUUACUUUUCCUUGCCUUGCUGAUUGGACUGCUUUUUGUUUAUAUUCAGCAGCUGUGUACCUUCACAAACCACCCACUCCUUCCCUCUCCUGUCCCACAUGGCUCCAUCCCUGAACCCAUAAUAUUUCACAGAUGCAUCCUGGGAAUGUGAGAGCAGGAGAGUAAGUGAUACUAUUGUAGCAUUUUUCACUGAAAUAUCAUUUGAUUCUGUCGUAAUACUGUGUAUAAAUGUACAGGUGACCACAUGCAGAAUAUUUAUCCUGCAUAUUUACACCAUUUAAUAUGUCAUAGGACAUGAAAUGAACAUCACAUCAUAAACAAAAAAACAAUAAUGGUUUUGAAGCUGAGACUGUUAAGCAUUGUUAGUUAAACAUUGCUAGUUAAGCACUGCUAGUCAAAACUCUGUUAAACUGAACUGAAAACUGCAACUGUUGAAAAUAUGUGUAAAGUUAUGUGAAAUAUUUGUAAUAAACUAUUUUAUACCUGA